AGGAAUCUGACAUGUCAAAUCAGCAAUAAAUGAUGAUUCAUAAUGGGUGGUGAGGAUUCAAAAUCUUCAUCCCUGUCCGAUGUGGCUGCGUCCUUCUUAAUAUCAGGAGUCUUGGCGACAACAUUUAAAACUCUAUUCGCUCCUAUCGAGAGAGUGAAGUUGAUACUCCAGACACAAACUAGCAGUCGUCAAAUGGCACAAGAACAUAAAAAAGCUUACACUGGUUUUGUAAAUGCUAUUGUGCGACUACCAAAAGAACAAGGAUUUUUUUCCCUCUGGCGUGGAAAUUUGACUAAUAUAUGUCGAUACUUUCCCACUCAAUCUGUCAACUUUUCCUUGUACGAUGUUUAUUACGAAGGUUUAAUACAUUUUUUUCGACCGAAAACUAAGAAGGGUCAAGAUAUUCUUUCAUUUUUGGCUGGAGGUUCAGUCGGCUUCACUUCUUGCAUAUUACUAUACCCUCUAACCUUUUGCACUACACGAAUUGCCGUAGACGUAGGCGAUGGUAGAAUUAUUAAACGCGAAUUUAAUAAUUUACCACAUUGCCUGCGAAAAGUUUAUAAAACCGAUGGUUACAAAGGUUUUUAUCAAGGCGUAGCCUGUUCCUCCGUGGGAAUGUUCAUCUACAGAUCUGCAUACUUUGGAAUUUAUACAAGUGCAAAAAGGAUCUAUACGAAUGACCCAUUUGAUUCUAAUGAACGUAUACUUCAUGCUCCUUUUCUUGUCUCUUUGUUAUUUGCUCAAUUAGCAUCAUCUAUAUCUAUGAUUCUUGCUUAUCCUCUGGAUACUAUAGCACGACAAGCUAUGCUCCAUACUGGACAAGGCCUAGAGCUCUAUGCGACAUUGCGAAUGGUGGGUGGAAAAAUUAUGCAGCGUGAUGGUCCCGUUGGUUUCUAUAGAGGUAUGUUUACGAACCUACUAACAACGAUAUCGGGAUCCCUUAUCCUUGUAACCCAUGAUCUGGCGAAAGAAUUCUACAUCAAGAAGAAAUAGCGUGUCCAUAAUUCGAAUGAAAUAUGAUUCGAUCUCUAGACUAUUCCUUCGCGCAAGAUAUAUAAGAAAAGUAUAAAGAAAUUUGUUUAUCACCACAAAAGGGCCAGGCUGAUUAUACGGAGUAGUAAAUAUG